AUGUCGACCCUUGUCGACCCUACUAUCGAAGUCAAAUUUUCCAAAGGUUUCCUACCGCUGUUCUUGGAGCCCGUUCUCGCGGAGGUAAGAUAUGUCUUCUCCACCCUGUUCUUCAACAACCUUGGCAAUGGCUCCCGCGUUGAAUGCUACGGCAAAGCUGCCAACAAUGCUGGGUAUUCAUUUGACGAAGGACCAGUCACGACUGAAGUUAUCUUCCCCUGGCGAGCCAGUCAAUCAAGUUCUCGAGUCCUUGAUGAAAAGGAGUGCGUUUCUUCUCUGAUCCUGCGAGAUAUACAGAAUAGCGGGGCUUGGAGGGCGAUAAUCGGGUGCUACGACUAUGGCCCACCGGGGAUGCACGUUGGUAGCCAAUAUCGUUGGGCUUUGGUAGACGCCAAUUCUCGAGAGGCACAUAUUGAAUUUGAUUGCACCGCUCUAACAGACGAGGAUGCAUCGAUAGGCUUGCUAAUUGAAUGUGGAAAAACACCGUUGAAGGCGACGUCUUCAAUCUGA